GACAAUUUGCUACCACUUAGUCCCUUCAACGCUGGCGUAACUUCAUCACGAAAAGCACUUGAAACUAAUCUUCAGUCCAUCGAAAUACAUUACAUCCUAGCACAAUAACUUCUCCAGCCAAAAAUAAAUACCACACCAACGCAAACGCCCAUAUACUGAGGUGGAUGAAAGUUUGCACACUAUUGAGUCAACUCCAUGUGCCUUCCCCAAAAUCCUAUUAACCAAACAAAAAAACAACAUUGUCUUUCAUACCUAUGGCGAUGGCAACGUGCACAUUGAAUAGCAAUGGCCACACCGCCAAUGUACUUAGCGAAGAACAGUUGUGGUAGCUUCUUUACGUGUUCCAGCGCGGUUCAUCACCACAUCACCUCAAUAUACCAGUCAGUAUUCAACCUUCAGGCGGCGUGAAUGCAGCGUUUCUGUUACUAGUCAUUCGCGCCCUCGAGCAUGCAGACGGAAAUCGGAGCGUACACUAUAACAGUACAUGUGUUUACCGACCAGUGGCAAAGGCAAAAGUUGCAAAACCAAAAUAUUGAACUAUUGAUAGUUUGCCGGCGGUCACUAACUGUGUUGUAGCUCUCGAUUCAGUGGUGUACAAGUUCACGCGAGUUGUAGUAGCGUGCGGUUGAUAAGGAUUAUUGUAAAAUAAAAUAUCGACAAGUCAACCGCAAACAGACCAUUAUUGGGUUGGAUCGUACUGAUAGGCUAGACAACUGGCUUGCAUCCGAGGGUGAUCACUUCGAUGGAUUAUUGAUGUGCAAACAGAAUCUACAAAAACGAAAAACACGUCAUCUAUAUCACCGUAGUCAGGAAGUUCUACGCUCUAUUUAGCUACAGCAUACGCCAAGGAAUACAGGAAGAAGCCAUCAUUUCUCACCAUCAAAAACAUUGGCCACCAGGGCGAGAAUGUUAGUGCACUUCAAGAAGAAAGCACAUAAAACCAGAAAAGGAUAUAAAUUCUAAGUAUGUUGGCAAGUACCGUGAAGACAUUAGACGGUAUGGAGCCAACUGAAACGACAACAAUGCGUGUCUUCGCCGAUCGCGUAACGGUCAUAAACGAGGACCUCUUUAUAUGGGCCAUCAUCGACGGGGUGCUAAUGAUUUGCAUUCUGAGUGGCAACAUCCUCACCAUCCUAGCUGUGCGUUAUCACCGGCGGUUGCGAUUGUUAAUUUCAAACCUGUUCGUGCUAUCGUUAGCUCUGUCGGACAUAUUCGUUGGCUUGACGCUGCCGUAUCAUCUUGCUUUCUACAUGGGAAACGAACUUGGCCGGUAUAAACACUUCUGUUUGUUGCGAUUUUUCGUCCUGAUUAUCGCGUGCAGUGUGUCCAUUUGGAACCUGAUUGCAAUAGCCGUGGACAGAUAUAUCGCCAUCUGCUACCCGCUGCACUAUGCUCGCUUGAUGACAAAAAAGGUAGCCCUGGUGAUUCUGGGCUUCGGUUGGUGCCUAGCCAUUUUCAUUGCCACCAUUCCGCUGAUUUGGAACAAGUGGGACACAGCAAUGGAGUGCGAAUUUGAUGAACUCCUACACCCGUGGUACGUAGCAGGAGUGAUAACGCCAAUCUUCUCACUGGUGUGGUUUUGUUUACUUCUCGUUUAUUGGCGAAUAUGGCGAGAGGCGGCUAAACAUGCCAAACAACUUCGAGUACACAACUCCCAGGAAAGCUCAUCCGAUUGGAAAUCGGUACAGGUUGUUUUGCUAAUAAUGGGUUGCUUUACGCUUUGCUGGCUACCGUACUUUGUUGUGAUUCUAACGCAAAUAUUUGACUUAUUCGAGCAGAACUCACCGACCCUGUACAAAGCAGUAUUCUCACUAGCAAUGGCAAAUUCCAUGAUGAAUCCUGUGAUUUAUGCAUGGAAAAAUACCAACUUUCGCCAUGCGUUCACUAAGCUAUUGACCUGCCGGAAACCAGACCAACUGGAUUGCCCACAAACGGGUGACAGUCCACGGAACAAAACGUCCAAGCGGGAUGGUUCACGAUCACACCAUGACGCCGAAAGUGGCACAAAUCGGGCACAGAAUACAGCUACUUCGAGAAAUAGUCAGCCUAGCGCAGCGGAAUCGAUAGCACAAAUCAAUGACAAUGAGAUUACGGUCAUUUCAUCGCUACAUGACGAGGCGGUUCAAAAUCACACCAUCCAACUGUCAAUUGGAACGCCGAGCAGCAGGGAUUGCAGCACGACUGGACCGGCCAGUAUUACAACGCACAUCAUCAAAGGAAAUGUGAUAAUCAAUAACUACAACCUUUAUGAAAGCUUUUUGGACGUGAAAAACGAGAACAGAAGAAAUGGAUCAUUUUCAACUAAAAGUUCCACGAAUGAGACUGAUGAUAGCAAAAAACAGGCAAGGGAAAGUAACACUUAUAAAGACAAUCACAACUGUGAUAUUGACGAUGUAAUGGGUUCAAAUAACCCUUGUUUCCAAGAAGAUGUUACACGUUUAUAGACAAGAAUCAAUUUGACAUUGUAGCAAAAACGGCAAAGUAUUAGCAAUCCAUGAAUGUACAAACUAUCCAGAUAUCGGAGACGAUGGAAAAUACAAAACAAAAAUGUCUUACAUUACGGCUGGUCUAUUUUCGGUACUUUUUCAACGAAACAAUGCCAUUUUAUAUUCCAGUUUGGUGU